AUGGUGGUGGUGGCUGAAGAACUUACUCAUAUGUGCAUGUCCGCUUCUCCUUCACCACUGUUUUCGUCUCCAAUAGAAGGCUUGCACAGCUCCACUGCCAUACAUUUCUCAAUGGACUUAUCCCUUUUUGCUUCCUUUUACUUCCGCCUGCGUCGGAGUACCCAGCGGGGUAUUAUGACUGGAGUCAUCGCCGCUCUGUUCAACAUCAUCCACCGCAACAUCCAUCCAUCCAAUUUCGAUGCUAUCUCCACUGUGACGGCGAUGGUGAUAGUGGAUAUAGGGUUCCUUUGUUCUGAUUGUCGACCACCACGUUCAGGUUUUAAAGAAAUUUUUGGUUUGAAAGGGAGCAAAAUGGAUCUAUGGAAUGAAUAUUGUGGCCAAACAACAGGCUUUAAACAAUUAUUGGUUCAUGAAAGGUGUGCUUGA